CGCGGACGACGUGACGUCCAGUCUGGCAACGCUGUAUGGCAGUUGCCAACGGAAGGCAGUCGGCGUAGUGGCGUAGUGGGGAUUGACCGUGUAUCGUAGUAGAGCUUCGCAUGACUGAGCCGGGGGUUUGAGAGAAAAAAAGAAAAGAUUCCGCGAUCGGGUGGGGAAGGACUCACCAGUUUAGCCUGGCGAGCAGUUGCGGACCCGAAAGAGCGACCGGGAAACCGCUGGAUUGGGUUCCAUGGCCGCAGCCGGCGUGCCCAAGCUGUACAGGAGUGUCAUCGAGGAUGUCAUAAACGGAGUGAAAGAUGUCUUCCUGGAUGAAGGCGUCGACGAGCAAGCUCUUCUGGAGCUACGUCAGAUCUGGGAGAAGAAGCUGCUCGAGUCAAAGGCCAUUGACCCUCCCGACCAUCCGGUGCCUGCCACGGCCGGCCGGCAACAGGCUACAACAGCUACCCUACAGCCUACCCCUCAGGCCAUAUUGGAAAAGAUACCGAGACGCAACCCUGCUUUUGCAGCCACUGCCCAGCCGCUGACGAUAGGACCCAAUGGCCUGAUGCAACCCACACUGGUUCAGUACCACACACCCAUCCGUGGUCCGGGUCUGGUGGACCAAAAGCUGAUCAUCACACAGCCCGGCCAGACGGCAACCGUCAUGUCCUCUUCGGCUGCGGCCGCCGCCCUGGCCCUCCAUCCCGAUGUCGCCGCCAGCUUGUUACAGGGUGGCGUCAUCAACAUGGGCGACCGCCAGACAGCCAACCCCGGGGCCCAGCUCCAGUUCCAUCCCGUGGUCACUCUCGCGGGCGAGCACUACACCACCACCACAGCCACAGGACAGGUGUGUCCCAACAGGACAGUAUCACUACCCUUUGCAAUGCCCGCGCAGGUGGUGACGGCCGCAGCUGCACAGUCCGGCCUGGGCAACGUGGUCCAAUUGGAUGGGGCACGAGACACAAGCGACGAGGAUGAGGAUGAGGACGAGUUCAACGAGGACGAGGAGGAAGGCAACGAGGACGGGCCUCAGGACGACGAGAAUGAGGACGGCCCCCAGGAGGAGGUGGAGCCACUCAACUCGGACGACGACGUGUCGGAUGAGGAAGCCACCGAAAACUUCGAGAUUGACAACGUGGUCGUCUGCCAGUAUGACAAGAUAUCCCGGAGUCGCAAUCGAUGGAAGUUUCACUUCAAAGACGGAAUAAUGAACCUCCAAGGAAAGGACUACGUCUUCCAGAAGGCGGUGGGAGACGCCGAGUGGUGAAGCCUUCCCUCGAACCCAAGGCGCUGGAGGCCUUGGCCAGGGGGCAGAGUGAAAAGACAGGAGAGGGGACUUAUAAAAACAGACAGCUGCGGCAGCUUUUCUUUUUCUGUUAGAUUUUUUUUUUCUACUUUGUCAUUACAUCUGGUGAAAAGUACGUACGUGAGGAUAUAAGCUUUAAGGCUGGUUGAUGACACGUUGUAAAUACAUGACUUAAAGGCUUAUGUAAAAGUCAGAGGAAACGAAAUGGACUGUGAAACCUCUCCUGCAUCUUUUUGACCUGUCCGUCGAUGGACCACCGAACGGAGAAAAAGAAUAAAGCCUGCUGCUGUCUCCAUUGUC